GAAUUCUUCAAAACCCAUGUCUCAUGUUCAUGGUAUCGACUCUGAGUUGCUUCAGAGAUUGGUGAAUGAUGUUCUGGUUUGGAGUUCGCUUCAUGGGCUUCUUGUUGGAGACACAAACGUACAGGAAUAAAAUAUUCAACGAGCUCUACACAUUAAAUGUUCCGAAUCAUCAAAACAUAACCUGUGGUAAGCCCCAUGGGGCCGAGCAACACGGUCCAAUCUACUGUAGACCAGGGAGAAUCUGUUUCCUUAUAAAAUUUCCCCUCUAUUAUUUGAUUUGUUGCCAGUGGAUUUUCCGGGAGGGAAUUACAUCCCAAUGAGACAGAUAAAAAAACAUAGAAGGUGCAAGUCCACAGCUUUUGAGUCCCACCACACAAAGAUUUGCCCCUCAUGUUUUACAAAUUUUUUUUUUGGUCUUCUACCUUGGAUUGUUAUUUUCCUAUUUUCCGGGUACAGCAGAGGGUAGGAAGGAGAAAGAUUUCUCUUGGAAAAUGUGAAGGCAUUGCAAAGAAUUAUUUUUGGUACAUAGUACCAAAGUUUUUAAAGGUGAAUGCGUAUCUCGAGACAUUUUGUCCCUUAUGAAAUGAGCUGUAAGCCUCAAGGCGUGAAGACAUAAGCAUUUCAAAUUUUAAAUAUUAAUACUUAGUGAAUAAAUUAAAUAUUUUUAAAUAGUAAAAAAUUAAAACUAAAAUUAAAUAUAAAGGUGUAAAUACGUUUCUCCUUAAGGCAUCGAAUAUUUUACUACAUAAAAGGAAAUUUGCCUUUUUAGUGAAAGUGAAAUUGAUAUUUUUAACUUUAGUGAUUGAGCUUGUCAACCAUUUACUGUGUUUUUCUUGAUUUGAUCAUUUACUUAACUUUUCUUGUAGAAUAUAGUUGCAAAAAUGGAUUCUUUUUAUUUUUUGCUUUUUUAUGUUUAAGCAAGUUUAACAAAAGCCCAAUCCAACCUCUGCUGCAUAUGCAUACUCUCAUAUGCUUAUGUACAAAAAGCGUACAAAGCACAACUAAGGUACAUGUCUCAAACUGUGAUGCGCAAGCUUUUGGGGAGUAAUGUCUAAAAAUCAAAGUCUUGAUGCGUUUUACAGUAGGCGAGGCGAGCCUCAACAAAGCCUUUUACAACUUUGCACAGUACAAUGGGUUUCAAGAGAUCAGGAAAAGUGCCUGGGGUGGGCAUGGUUCAUGCCCCAUUUGCCUUAUUGCCCAUUUCAUUCCCAGAAAGUCAUUGGAGACAAGCAUGUGAGUUGGCUCCUAUUUUUAAUGAAAUUGCUGAUCGUGUGAGUUUGGAUGGAAAUUUUUUACAGCAUUCACUCUCCAGAAACAUAUUGGAAACGAUUCUUAAGAGUUUCACUUUAAAUUUCAGAACAAAGAAAGUGGAUGUUUUCACCUCCAGACUCUUAGAUAUUCAUUCAAAGAUGCUAGAAAUUGGCAAGAAAGAGGAUAUACGCUUGGGUUUACUUCGCUCUGAUUAUAUGCUCGAUGAAAAAACUAAAUUACUUCUCCAGAUAGAGCUUAACACAAUUUCAUCAUCAUUUCCUGGCCUCAGUUGUCUUGUCAGCGAGCUUCACAGGAGCUUACUGAAUCAAUACAAGGAACAACUUGGGUUAGAUUCAAGAAGGAUUCCUGGAAACUCUUCUGUGAGUCGAUUUGCAGAGGCAUUGGCUAAAGCUUGGACCGAAUAUAAUAAUCCAAGGGCUGUAGUUAUGUUUGUGGUUCAACCUGCAGAACGCAAUAUGUAUGACCAACAUUGGCUUUCUACUAUACUCAAGGAAAGACAUGAUGUUACAACUAUUCGGAAAACUUUGGCAGAAAUUGAUGAGCAAGCGGAGCUUCUACAAGAUGGAACCCUUCUUGUUGGCGGUCAAGCAAUUGCAGUCAUCUAUUUCAGAGCUGGGUAUGCACCAACUGAUUAUCCCUCAGAAUCAGAGUGGAAGGCUAGGCUAUUAAUGGAGCAGUCCUCCGCUGUCAAGUGCCCUUCAAUUUCUUAUCAUUUAGCAGGCACCAAGAAGAUACAACAAGAGCUUGCAAAACCCAAUGUUCUUGAGAGGUUUCUUGAGAACAAAGAUGACAUCGCCAAAGUACGAAAAUGCUUUGCAGGAUUGUGGAGUCUAGAUGACUCGAUUAUUGUCAAGGAUGCAAUUGAAAAACCUGAAUUUUAUGUUAUGAAACCACAACGGGAAGGCGGAGGGAAUAAUAUAUACGGUGAUGACGUAAGGAAAACUUUACUAAGAUUGCAAGAGGAAAGGACUGAAGAGGAUGCUGCCUACAUCCUCAUGCAAAGGAUUUUCCCAACUAUUGCGCCCACAUUUUUGAUGCGUGAUGGCAUUUGUCAUAAAGAUCACGCUGUCUCAGAACUCGGGAUAUAUGGUGCUUAUCUAAGAAACAAAGAUAAUGUGAUUAUGAAUGAGGAAUGUGGUUACCUAAUGCGGACAAAGGUUUCUUCAUCGAAUGAAGGAGGUGUUGCUGCUGGAUUUGCAGUUUUGGACAGUUUAUAUUUGGCUUGACAGGUGUGUUUCUUCAAGUAACCGUGCUGAGGUUCGGUAGUGAUUGAAUCCAGUUAACAAAGUUGCCUCAUUUGGAUGUCUUCUCUCUUAUUUGUUUCGGUUUUUCAUUUUCAUUUUCAUUUUCUUUGCCUCGAAGAAAAAAUAGCCAUAAUAUUGAGUGGUCUUUCUCAGGGAAUAUGUUUUGUAAUGAAUUCAACAAUCAGUGGUAUACUAAUUAGUGUACUAAUAUAUGUUAUAAUAUUACAAUUUCAAAAUUA